AUGACCGGCAAGUGUGUCGGGAUCGUCCGUGAGACGUACAACAAAUGGGAGCGCCGCGUGCCACUCACGCCCAUGCACGUGAAAGAGUUAGUGCAGCAGGGCGUGCGCGUACUCGUGCAGCCGUCCACUGUGCGCGUGUUCUCAGAUGAGCAGUACUUGCGUGCUGGUGCAACUGUAUCGGACGAUCUGACAGCGGCCAACGUGAUUGUUGGCGUGAAGCAGGUGCCGGAGCCAGCGCUCUUGGCAGACAAGACGUACCUUUUCUUCAGUCAUACAAUCAAAGCCCAGCCUGAGAACAUGGCACUACUGGACGCGGUGCUGCACCGUCGCAUCACUCUCAUCGACUACGAGUGCAUUACAGAGGCGAGUGGCAAGCGGCUGAUUGCAUUUGGAGCCAAUGCCGGUCGAGCUGGAAUGAUUGCAGGCUUCCGAGGCCUUGGAGAACGCCUCAUCAAUAUGGGCAUCUCCUCGCCUUUUGUUAAUGUCGCAUCUGCUUACAUGUAUGCAGAUUUGGAGCAUGCGAAAGAAGCGGUUGAAGCUGCAGGCAGGAGAAUUCUGAAAGAUGGACUGCCGAAAGAGCUGGCACCCAUGACGUUCGCUUUUACUGGCAACGGCAAAGUUUCCAAAGGAGCGCAAGAGAUUUUUAAACUCAUGCCCCAUGAGAUGGUGCACCCAUCGGAGCUACCUAAUUUGCCGAUGAACAAUCGUGUUUUAUACGGCACGGUCAUUGAUGACCCUGCCUUUCUAGUGAAGUCCCGAUCGGAAGAUCCUAGAACGCCUUUGCGCGCACACUAUUACCAGCACCCGCAUCAGUACGAAGCAGCUUUUCAUGAGAAAGUUCUACCGUACACUUCUAUGCUGGUUAACUGCAUGUACUGGGAUGAUCGUUUUCCGCGCUUGAUCACUCGGGAACAGAUCCGUAAACUUCGGAGUGCUGGGAACCAGAAGCUGCUCGGCAUUGCCGACAUAUCGUGCGACAUUGGCGGCAGCGUCGAGUUCUUGGAGCGCGCCACGGAGAUUGAGCGACCUUUUGCCCUGUACGAUGUCGCAGAAGACAAAAUGAGUGACGAUGGAGACUUUCGCGGGCUUGGAGGAGACAAUGGAAUCAUGAUGAUGGGGGUCGACAUUUUGCCGAGCGAGCUGGCGCGUGAAUCUAGUCAGCAAUUUGGUGAUUCCUUGUUGAAAUAUGCUAACACUCUGUCGAGUAUUUCCUCGUCUGAUGUUCCGCUGUAUGAACACAAGGAACUGCCAGCUGAGUUGCGCGGCGCUUGCAUUGCCAGCAACGGUGUGCUGACUCCCAGAUACGAGUACAUCCACCGCAUGCGCGCCGAACGUGAGCGAAGCAAGCAAUUUAGGUUCUUGGAUGCGCAACAAGAGAGUGCCGGUAGCACAUGUGUCUUGCUUGAAGGACAUCUUUUUGACACCGGGCUUAUCAACCAGGUUCUCAACCUCAUUGAGGACCAUGACGGUGGAUUCUACCUUGUGGACUGUGAUGUACAUCCAAAUGUUGGAGCUGGCGACAUCCAUGACGUCGCCGUCUCGAACGCCAUCAUUCAGGUUAGCAUGGCAGACCGUGACGAUCUGGAGAAAAUUAUCAAGAUGAUUCGCGCCCUUGCUGAGCUCACCUCAGGAUCAAACGCCACCGUCACUGAGCUGCCUGACUUGUGUGGAACAGAUUUUUCGAAAACACGUGGUGCGAUCGUAAGAAAAGAUUCAGCUACGAACACGACAACUGACGUUUCGGUCUCAAGCCUGACGAAGAAACGUAUGGUAGUGUGCUUUGGUGCUGGAUUGGUAGCUUCGCCGCUUGUCGAGUAUUUAUCGCGUGAGGAAGGGAACGAGGUGCAUGUGGUAUCGGGCGUCGAGAGUGAAGUGAUGGAAAUGAUGCGUAAAAUCACCCGCCGGAAUAUCAAGCCUCAUGUCGUAAAUGUGGCAGAAGAUGCCGUUAGAGUUGACAUGCUUUGUGCUGAAGCCAAUUGCGUCGUGUCACUGUUGCCGGCGACUAUGCAUACGAACAUUGCCCAGCACUGUAUUCACCACGCAAUACCUCUCGUGACCGCUAGUUAUAUAUCGCCCGAAAUGAAGGAGCUGGACACUAAGGCAAAGAAGGCUGGUAUUCCUAUUCUUUGUGAAAUUGGCCUCGACCCUGGCAUGGACCACAUGAGUGCAAUGAAAGUCAUCGACGAAGUGAAGGCGCGUUCGGGCAGGAUCGUGUCGUUUUCGUCCGUGUGUGGCGGACUGCCAGCUCCUGAAGCAGCGGACAACGCCAUUGGUUACAAGUUUAGCUGGAGCCCCCGUGGCGUGUUGACAGCGGCACUGAAUGCAGCUCAGUACCGCAAAGACAGGAAAGUCAUUAACGUGGUCGGCGAAGAUUUGCUUAACAGUAGCGAGCGCGUGAACUUCUUGCCUGCGUUCAACAUUGAGCAGAUCCCGAACCGCGACUCGCUUCCGUACGGCGACGUUUACGGUAUCUCGGACGCACACUCAUUGUAUCGAGGUACCUUACGCUACGGCGGUUGCUGCCAAAUUUUGUACCAACUACGCAAGCUUGGACUAUUUGACAUGGAUUCGACGAAACCCAUUCCAGCUACCUGGCCUGAAUUGCUGACGCAGCUAGGCGGAGUUCAAGAACUUCGUAAUGACGCCCAAGAGUUUCUAAAGUGGCUUGGUGCAUGCGAUCAAGCGACACCUGUGGUAAAAGCGCCUUCAGUUCUUGAUGCGUUCUGUGCGCUGUUGCAGGACAAGUUGUCAUACCAACCCGGAGAACGCGAUAUGGCCAUAAUGCACCACGAGUUCGGCAUCAAAUACGAAAACGAUGAAAUGGAAAGGCGUACAUCGACGUUUGUGGGGUACGGCUCCGAGAAGGGCGACACGAUCAUGGCCAAAACUGUCGGCUUGAGUGCCGCGAUAGGUGUACAGCUGAUCUUGCAAGACGCAGUUCAAGGUCGCGGUGUGCUCACACCGACGACCCCUGACAUAUAUGUCCCAGCUCUCGCUCGGCUCGAAGUCGAAGGUGUGCGAUUCAUUGAAAAGUCAUUUCCACAGCAAUAG